AUGCCUAACCCAAGUAAAAUUCCAUGUCGCAAAUGUGUGAAGAACACGGGUAUUUUGACAUGUGAAGGUUGCUCAAACAAACUUUGUGGUAAAUGCUUCAAUGAGCAUCGACAGGAAUUAUCGAAAGAAUUAGACAAUGUCGUCUACGAACACGAUACCCUAAAGCAACAACUUGAAACAACGAAUCAAUUGUCAUCCCAUCCGCUCUUUAAACAAAUCGAUCAAUGGCAGAAAGAUGCAAUCGAUAAAAUAAACACACUCGCUGAACAUUCUCGAAAUGCCGUUGAAAAAGUACUGAAUGAUAACAAAGUGGAACUCAUAAAUCGUGUUCAGACGAUCACUGACGAACUUCGAAAAGGUCGAAAUGAUGAAGAUUAUGUCGAGACAGAUUUAGAAGAAUGGUUGGAACAACUGAAACAACUUCAGCAGCAAUUAGUCAAACCGUCUAACAUCAGCCUCAUAGAAGAAAAACAAACAUCAUGGAUAAAUAAAAUUAACAUUAUAAACAGCAACAGAAAAACAUCAGAAAAACUGGAGAAAACGUGUGGUGAUGUCAGCACCGAAGAAAAUGGUCAAGUUGCUGUACACGGAUCAAGUGCAACUCAUGCAGAAAUUCGUGGUGCAAACAUGUAUUCGACAGGCAACAUACAAAUAAAAAUGAAAAUUGAGAAACUCUUCAUUAAUGAUUGGAUGUUUGUUGGCAUCGUUUCUUCUUCCUUACCGAUGAAGUCAAGUCCGAUCAAUUCCACAUCUGCAUUUGGCUGGAUUAUUGGAAAAAAUAAUUUCUGUGUGAAUAACAAAAAAAUAAACAGUUUCGGAGUUUGGGAUGCCGAUAUCCAAGAAAACGAUAUCAUUGAAUUACACAUCAACUGUGACAAAAAAAAAGUUCAGUUAUCGAAUUACCACACAAAUAAACGGGAUGAGAUCUACGUUGAUAUCAGUAUUUGUCCGUUUCCUUGGCAGUUACACUUCAAUAUCCAUGGCUCUGGAGAUCGUGUACGCCUUUUAAAAGAAUGA